AACGUUGUCAGUUGCUGUGCGCAGCAUUGUUCAGCUGCCCAAGAUGACUUCAAAUUCCAGAUGUCCGCACUGCAAGAAUGUCUCCUGGAGAACGAUUUGCUCAUUGACCUUUAUUCCAAAUAUAAUUGCGAGGGCAACUGGAUCGAGCGCCACUGGGCCGAUGACAAGCGCGACGUAAGAGCAAAUUCAUCGACUUCUAAUUGCUCUGGAGAAGGCAUCUCCGGCCAACCAACCUCCACUUUCAUUCGACGAUACUUCAAGCGUUGUAAACGCUACAUUGAGGCAUACAACCUCGGAAUGGAUGGAUGGGCAGCUGAUGAAGAAGUUAAAAAGUUCACCCAUCGCACCUAUACCUCCCGCCGCCGUCUG